UAUAGGUUUAUCUGACUUCCAUGUGAGUGAAUUUUCGUGUUGUGUAAUAUUGAGAUUGUGACAAGGACACACCGUGUCAUCAUGAUCAGGACGAUAGGCUGUUUAUUUAAUCUUCUUCAUAUAGCAUUUGGGUGUCUGAUCGGAUGGACUCCUUUCAAUACAUCCUGCUAUCACUUAUCGGGGGAGUCAACAUCGUGGAUGGAUGCCAUGAAAAUGUGUGAGAUGCGUGGUGCAUAUCUGGUCCACGUAGACGCUGCCAGUGAGGAUGACUUUAUUACCAGUCUAAUGAAAACAAAUGGGGUGCAUAACGUAUGGUUGGGAGGUUCAGAUUGGUCUGUAGAAGGACAGUGGGUAUGGGAACCCGAAGGGACCCCUUUUCAAUACUCCUGUUUUUCAUCCGGAAAACCCGACAACAAAAAUGGUGAGAACUGUCUGGUAAAGCAGGCUCACCAUCAUUACCACUGGAAUGACAACGAUUGUGACGAUCAUAAUGCUUAUAUAUGUGAGAAUCGAAAUAACCUUGGAAAUCCAGCGGUUGGUUGAAAUAUGUUGGAUUUUUUGCAAAUAAAAUCUAAAUGUAUUCUUUCAA